UCGAGAUGCGGACGGCCUGAGAGGAGCAGCUCUGCUCGAACCGAGUUAGAAGAAGCGAACGGAACCGGAGCAUCAGCGGAGGGUCUUUUCAAGUCGUCCGUGAUAUAAAGAGGGUUCUCGCAAUGGUUCAGCAAACGGAGCAUGUAGAGGUCAUCGCCGAGUCUCGCGGGGCUGCUGACCCCAAGGAGCGCGAGCCGCUGGCGGUGUUCGCGCGCGCCCAUGUGCCGCUGAAGCCGGACUGGUGUAAAACGGCUUCGGGUCACAUCAAACGGCCCAUGAACGCCUUCAUGGUCUGGUCCAAGAUCGAGAGGAGGAAGAUCAUGGAGCAGUCGCCGGACAUGCACAACGCGGAGAUCUCCAAGCGGCUCGGGAAGCGCUGGAAGAUGCUGAAAGACACCGAGAAGGUCCCGUUCAUACGGGAGGCGGAGCGGCUCCGGUGUUCUGAUAAAACAGAACACCGGAGCCGCUGCUUUUCACGUUUUGUGUGUGCCAGUGUGUCCUCGGAUUGGAGAUGA